UCGACAAAAUGAGAGGAUGGCGGGAGAGACGGAAGGACGGGAUUUCGAGAGACCGUUGUAAAGAAAGACAUUGAAGCCUCCAUCCACUCCACAGCCUUCGAAAAAGUGAGACCCCAUUUCCCUGAGAAAAAUUUCCCACAGAGGUCGAAAAAUUUCCGGGAGACUGUUGUAAGGAAGAAAUUCAAGCAUCCACCACCUUUGACAUUGACGAUUUUGACGUCCGGCGAUCAAAGGGAAUAGACAACGGAUUACAACUUAGAGUUUGCCUCUUCGCUUUAAAAACUGUUCAGCUUCGUCAUUUGCCUUUGUCUUCCUAGUUGCUGGUUAUCUUCCUCUUCACCGGUGACUACUGCUACCGUGGCCAAUGAGGACGAAUGGGGUUUAUUUGGCAAGGCAUGUUGUUACGUGGGUUAUGGGAUGAAAACUUUAUCUUGUCAGUUGUGCUGAUGCUGUCAACUUUUGCAGUUUGACAGAAAAAGGAUGGGUUCGUGGUGAAUAUUGUCCUCAGGGAGAAAGUUCAAAAAUUUUAAUGUCCAUGACAGCAUUUGUAUAUCCUUAACCAAAGAUUUGAACAGGGUUCUGUGUAUUUUGUGCUGUAUUAUUCAGAUGAAAGGAGGAAACAUUUACAGAUUGAGGGGAAAACUACUCUCUCUUACUCUCACAGUCCUCAUUUUCACAACUAUCCUUCUUUGGGCAUGGGAAAGAACCCCACUUACAUUGCUCACAGUGCAGGAACAGUUUGAGAUGCCUUCAGAUCCCUUGCUGUCUAUUAAGACAACAGAGGAGAUAGUGGAGGAACUUCCUGAUGCACAGACAGCAGGGGAAACAGGAAGUGGACAAAAAGAACAAGGUUUUGCUGAAGCACCAAUGCCUUCCAAGAUUGCCAGCUCUUCCAAGGAGAGAGAAAACAAAUGGGAUUUGAAAAUAGUUGACACAGAGAAGAGAGUUUGCAACUAUGCCAAGGGUAGAUGGGUCUCUGACAGAAAGCGGCCACUGUAUUCUGGGUUUGGAUGUAAGCAGUGGUUGUCUGAAAUGUGGGCCUGUAGACUGACCCAGCGCACAGAUUUUUCCUAUGAAGGAUUUAGCUGGCAGCCUGAAAAUUGUGAGAUGCCAGAAUUUGAAGGAUCAACAUUCUUGAGAAGGAUGCGGGACAAGACUAUUGCUUUUAUAGGAGAUUCAUUAGGAAGGCAGCAAUUCCAAUCUCUUAUGUGUAUGGUUACAAGUGGUAAAGACGCACCGGAAGUUGAAGAUGUUGGAGGAGAGUAUGGUCUUUUCAAAGCACCAGGUUCUAUUCGUCCUGAUGGAUGGGCUUAUAAGUUCCCAAGCACAAAUACCACCAUAUUGUAUUACUGGUCUGCAAGCCUUUGUGACUUGGAACCCGUGAACAUCACAGAUCCAGCUACAGAUUAUGCCAUGCACCUUGAUAGACCUCCUGCUUUUAUGCGCAGGAACCUUCACAGAUUUGAUGUCUUGGUUCUCAAUACUGGACAUCACUGGAACAGAGGGAAACUUCAGGCAAACCGGUGGGUGAUGUAUGUGGAUGGUAUGCCCAAUAAAGAUAGAAAACGUGCACAGAUUGGUAAUGCGAAGAAUUUCACUAUAUAUAGUGUUGUCAAAUGGCUAGAUACACAGCUUCCCCAGUAUCCAAAGUUGAGAGCUUUUUUCAGGACCAUCUCACCAAGGCAUUUCUCUAAUGGGGAUUGGAAUACUGGGGGUAGAUGUGAUAAUACCACUCCAUUGGCUGGAGGAAGUGAAGUUUCACAAGAUGAAUCUAGUGAUCCUGUCGUGGAUGGUGCUGUAAAGGGUACAAGGGUCAAGAUUUUGGAUAUAACUGCCAUUUCUCAGCUGAGAGAUGAGGCCCACAUAUCCCGCUACAGUAUUAAAGCCACAGAGGGUGUUAACGAUUGCCUGCAUUGGUGCCUACCUGGCAUUCCUGACACCUGGAAUGAACUCCUUUAUGCACAAAUAUAGGCUCAUCUCAUAGGUUGCUUAAUUGGUUAAUGGGGCAUCUUUUCUAUGCUUGCAAACAAGACAUCUCCAAGGGAGUACUCUGAUUGAAGGACUUUAUUUUCGUUCCUUCUAGGUUCUAACUUGUCGUUUUCUGCUAUAUCCUUGGAUGCAACUUGCAUCUCAUGCCAAUUGGUGAACAGAAUGCACUUUCUGUAGUGCUAUCUGACGCCCAUUUUAGCAAGUAGUAUUCUUGGAACAUAAGUUUUGACUUCUUGGAGGUGGUAUGCCUGACAUUGCAUGAAUUGGGGAGUAACAUGGAGGUAUUGGAUAUGGGAUCUGCAGAUCGUAUGAAGUACAUUGAUUUUUGCCUGCUAGUUUAUGUAGCACGUUAUCAUCAUUGAAGUACCGAUGAAAGAUAAUUUGUGGCUUUUCAUGCAGUGCAGGUGCUGUACAUGUGAGGGAGACCAAAGGGAUCCAUAUGAUCAAUCAUCUCUCAUGUAGACCUGUCAAAUUCACUUACUGAACCUCUGCCACAUGCAAAAUACAGAGGUGUCAUAUAUAGGAGAGAAACCACUGGCGAUCAUUAUGGCAUGUCAAUGUUGAUCUUUUGUUUGUCGUCGCAACAAGUCUUCUUUGCUUUAUUAUUUUCUCUAUGUUUUGGUUCUGAUGUUGAUUAUGGGAUUUUUUGGUUCACGUAUUGGAGAUGUAUAUUGUGAUCGUCACUAUUGCCGUGGAAUUUGUUUUAAACCUCCUCAUUUAGGUUUUAUUCUGUAUUCGUGUCUUUUGUUUGAAUUUAGUGGAUGAAACUUGGAAGAGUAGUUUGGCAAGAAACGCGGAAGAAGGAAAUGGAGGUUUUAUUUUUCUCCUUUUCUUUCCGUUCUUUUAUUCCAAUUCGAAGGAUGAGUUGGGAUUUAACUUCUUUUUUCAUUGAAUGAAAUCCUUCUCUUAUUGCUUUCACUCUAGUACUGUUGCUUACAGUGUGUUGUAUCGCUGGUGUCAGAGAAAAAAGUCCUGUUGUUGGUAAGGUUCAAAGUAUCGACACGUAUCGGCCCAUAUCGACUGAUAUGUAUCAUUUCGGGACCCCUCCAAUACGCCCCUACAAUGGGUGUAUUGGGGGUCUGACCGGUUCAGGGUGUGGAGGAGGCCUAAACCGGCUCCCCUGAACCAGUUGCGAAAAAAAUAAAAAAUAAGUACCAAAAGCUGUAUCGAUUUGCCCAAUACACCGGUAUCGAUAUUUUGAACCUUGGUUGCUGGUGGUUUCUCUGGUUUGAAAUAAAAAAACAAAAUAUCAGAAAAAAAGAAAAAAAAAAGAAAAAUGUGUGAAAGAGUGAUGAUAUGAGAGAUGGAGAGCACCUGUGACAAUGAUAUGGCUGGAUGAUUGCCGGUGGUCACUGUAGAUGGCUGGUGGUUUCUCUGAUUUAAAAUGAGAAAACAAAAUAUCAGAGAAUAGGGGUUUCUCUGAUUUGAAAUGAAAAACAAAAUAGCAAAACAAAAUAUGAGUGUUGGAGAAUACCUGGUCAAGGUGAACUAGUUGGAGGGAUCAGUUGAGGGGGUCAGGGGAUGACUAGUUUAAGCACAAGAGGGAUCUAUUAAGAGGGCGGGAAUGUAGAAAUGAGGGUUUUGGGGCUAACGAGACAAGCUAACGGCCGUCCUGUUAGCCCCGCACACGGGAAUGCUCACUGCGUGCGAAUAGACAGGUGGUGGACGCUCAGAGUGUGGGGCGUUUGUGGGGCGAGAGGCAAUGGGGCAUAGAUUUGAACUCCUUUAUAUAUUGUUUGUGCAUAAUUAUUUAUAUUAUAUUAUUUUUUAGGACAAAUUUCUUAAAUUACCCUUAUCGUUUAGCUAAUUGAGUAUGUCUUAAAUCAACCCUACUAUUUGAUAAUAGUUAUCAUCAUUAAAUUGUAAUGAAAAGGAUAAAAUGUCCCUUUUACCCUUAUGUUAAAAGAGAAAAACUGGGUGGCAAUGAACUGAAAUGGAUGGUGGUGGCAAUGAACAGAGAUGACGUAGAGAGAGAGAAGAGGGGAAGAGAAGGAUGGACGAAACCUUUUAGGUCCCUUAGACCACAGAUCUGAGAUCUCAAAUCCAGUACGAACUCGGACUCCAUGCGUGUCAACAAUUGAUUCUGGCGGACUCGGGUUCCAUGCUCCUCCGGCGCCAACAAUCGACUCUGGCGGUUAGAUCUAGUACGAACUCAGUCUCAUGCCGUUUCCUUCACUUCCCACACAAUGGGUUCUCUCAAGCUUGACUUCGAUCACCAAUACCAGAACGACAUUGAGAAUUACAUCAGUAAUGACAAGAACAAUGAAAGGGAAAUUGCAGAAAGCCUCAAAAGAGACAACUUCAAUAGCAAGGAAUUCGCCACCGAGAUUAUUGAAGCCAAGAGCUGUUUUGACCUGAUCAACGCAAAGAUCACUUGUGCAUUACCUUGAUCACUACCUUUGAUGGUGCAUUUCAGCCAUGAUCACAACCAAAAACAAAUAUGAAGCUGGUGGCUCCAUCUCUCGCGAGAAAGUCAAAGAAACCGUCGAUCUCUUCGGUGGCUCCAUCUGUUGCGGUUUAUUCUUGCAGAUCUGAUAGCCAUGUGAGCAAUCUCAUCGGGGUUUGGAUCUGUCAGCAAAGAGUAGAUCUGAUGGCCAUGUGAGAAAAUCCUUGAGUUCCUUCAAUAUACGUUUCGACGCCAUGAGAACCUCAGAGGAAUCUGCAUUCCAUACCGUACUUCUGCAUCCCAUAGUAUACUUCUGCAUCCCACUAGUACAUCCUUGGCUUUGGGGGCAAGAUGAGCCAUGAGAGCAGCGGCAAUACUCGCAUUGUUUUCUUCAAUGAAACUGAAACUGAUGGUGGGGUUAAAUAAGAAGCAGAGUAAUGAUACCCACGAAAACCUCUUCAAUUCCUCACUUUCUGGCUUUUUCAGAAAAAAAGCUGAGAAGCAAAAGAGAUGCAAAAAUAUUAUUUUUUUCGUUUC